AUGUCAGCGAAGCCGUCAAGGGGGCGAAGAUGGGCAGGAUCCGUGGUCGUCCUGUGUUCCUGGAGGCACCUUGCAGAAGCGCAGGCCAUGCCAGGCGGAUCCCUUCCCGCAGAGUGUCUGGAGUUCGCCACCUGCUCGGGUGCACAGGGUGCAGAUUGGCAAGGCUUCAGCCGACAGGUGCGCCAGGCGGCGGAGCUCGAGCAGUCCAUGCAGUACCAGGCGGCGAUGGAGAUCUACCACUCGCUGAUGGAAAGUCAUGCCUUGGAUGCCGGCAUUGCUUUGCAAUGCCGCAUGGGUGCUGCCACUGUUUUCUACAGACAGGGUCGGCUCUACCUCCAUCUAGGCUAUCCCCAACGGGCUUCCAACUUGUUCCAACUUGCGAUGAGCAUGUUCUGGGAUGCUUCUCGGGCCGAGAAUGGAAUGGCCUGCCUUCAGUACGAGAUGUGGGGCAUCAGGUGGUUCGACGAUUUCAUGGAAACCUACUUGAGAAAUGCCGCGAAUCUCCGGCGAAACGAUUUGAGCAUGCUGCCGCACUUGUCAGACCUCCAGGUGCCUCCGAACUAUCGUGAUCCCUCCCUUCGCAUCGCGGUCUUCUCCUUGUGCGACUACUCGCCGGAGUCCCCGAUGCAUUGGCUGCUUGGUCGCUCCCGGCAGAACCGGGAAGCCUAUUGCUCAAAGCACGGAUACGGCCUGGAGUGGACCUCGCAGAGACCAGCAUCUUCGAAGGGACGGCACCCAGUCUGGGGACAGAUCGCCGGGCCGCUGGAGCUGUUGGGUGACGGCAGGUAUGACUGGGUCCUGUCCAUGGAUUGCGACUCCCUCUUCACGGACAUGACUGUCACCGUGGACUCUUUGCUCUACCGUUUUGCCUCCCGAGCCACUCCAUGGGGGAAGUUGGAGAUCGACCCCUUGGUGCACUUCCUCAUCUCCGAGGACGGCCGUGGCUUGGCUGGCGGGAACUGGAUUGUCCGAAACUCUCCCGAAGGGCGGGGCUUCCUGCGUGAGAUCUUUGGGCCCGAGGAUGAGAGUCAGAAUCCCUACAUGAGGCACGACCUGCGCGAUCAGUUUUCCCUACUUUGGCAUCUGGUGCGCCCUGGGGUUUCAGUGCCCAUGCCGCAGGAAGACGCAGUGUCCACGCCGCAGGCUCCCAAGAGCUGGAGUGCGAUCGGCUACCGGGAGCUGGCUCGGCUGGUUCCGCAGGAUCUGCUUCUGGGCUCCUACCCUUACGUGAGCUGCUCUCAGCCUGGCGAUCAGGCACAUCGCUGCUUCGGUGAAGGUCCCAAAGACAAGGACUUCAUCGUCUCGGUGCCGCUGUUGGGCGCGCUGCCCGCUCAGCUGGCACAAGUGCUUCUGGACCGUUUCCUCUUGGAGAGCCUGGGAUCUUUCGGACAGCCUGCAUACGAGCAGGAGCUGCGUGGCAUGUGCGCUUCCGUGGAUGUCUCGCGCUGCUUGGUCGGAGAGUCCGCAGGCCUUGCAGCACGGUGA